AUGGCGUUGAGGAACGUUGCGAUGAGAGCCUUGUUGCUCCUGGCGGUGGUGAGCGUGGCAUAUGCCGCCAAAGGCAAUGAGAAGAAGAAGGAGAGCGCAGAUGGUCCGGCGGCGUCUGGUCCGGCGGCAUCUGGUCCGGGUGGGGAGUACGACAUCACCAAGCUCGGCGCCAAGCCCGACGGCACAACGGACUGCACCGAGGCGGUGGAGGAGGCAUGGGCUUCGGCAUGCGGUAGCACCGGGAACCCGACCAUCAUCAUCCCCAAGGGUGAUUUCCUGACUGGAGCUUUGAAUUUCACGGGGCCGUGCAAGGGCGACGGACUCACCAUCAAGCUGGAAGGCAACCUGCUAGCUUCCAAUGACCUGGCCAAGUUCAAGUCUAACUGGAUCGAGAUCAUGCGCGUGAAGAAGCUCUCCAUCACUGGCAAGGGCAACAUCGACGGUCAGGGCAAGGCCGUCUGGACCAAAAACAGCUGCCAAAAGAACUACAACUGCAAGAUAUUGCCAAACUCGCUGGUGCUGGACUUCUGCGACGACGCGCUCAUCGAAGGCAUCUCUAUCAUCAAUUCCAAGUUCUUCCACAUGAACAUCUUCCAGUGCAAGGGCGUGACCGUCAAGGACGUGAAGGUGACCGCGCCCGGGGACAGCCCCAACACCGACGGCAUCCACAUGGGCGACUCGUCCAAUGUCAGCAUCAUCGACACCACCAUAGGCGUUGGCGACGACUGCAUCUCCAUGGGCCCCGGCACCACAAAAGUCAACAUCAGCGGCGUGACCUGCGGCCCAGGCCACGGCAUCAGCAUUGGCAGCCUCGGGAGGUACAAGGACGAGAAGGACGUGACCGACAUCACCGUCAAGAACUGCGUGCUCAAGGGCUCCAGCAACGGCCUCCGCAUCAAGUCGUACGAGGACGCCAAGUCGCCCCUCGUAGCAUCCAAGAUCACCUACGAGAACGUCAAGAUGGAGGACUCGGGCUACCCCAUUAUCAUCGACCAGAAGUAUUGCCCCAACAAACUUUGCACCUCCAAGGGCGACGCCGACAGGGUCACCGUCAAGGACGUUUCGUUCAAAAACAUCACCGGCACUUCCUCCACCCCCGAGGCCGUCAGCCUGCUCUGCUCCGAGAAGAAGCCCUGCGAAGGCGUCACAAUGUCCGACGUCAAGAUCGAGUACUCCGGCAAAAACAACAAGACCAUGGCUGUGUGCUCCCACGUCAAGGUCACCGCCACGGGAGUCGACAAGGCCAACACAUGCGCCGCCUGA